AAUAUAUUUGUUAUCUAUUUUGUUGUCAACACUUGUGUUGUGUCUGUCGUCGCAAAACAAUUGAUCCAUUCGGUGAUCCUCUCAAGACAUGAGUGGCUCACAGGAGGCGCCGAAGACGACGGCGGCGGCCAUCGAUGUGCCGCCCAGUGAUCAACAGUACGAUCACCUGCUUCUGGAGAUCGAGUCUUCAGACACGAGUACUGUGGCCAAUGUCUUGAGAGCGAUAUACGACGGCGACGAACACCAGAAGUUUAUGGACAAAUUGGACGCUCGGAUCAAAAACCAC